AUGGAUACACUAUUAACGGCCGACCUGGCAGCAAACUCGUCCAGCUUCAGGCGGCGAUCGAGUACAUAUAUCGAUGCCAUCCACGACCUGCCGGAGAAGGAGUCUAUGGCGCCUGCUCAACUCUACUCCACCGAGUCUGGAAGACUGUUCCACUCUGGCAGGAUUGUCAUUGCGACCGUCGGACUGCCCGCACGAGGAAAGACACAUGUCAGUGUAGCGCUUGCGCGCUACCUCCGGUGGCUGGGUGUCAAGACCCGCAUAUUUCAUCUCGGAGACUAUCGCCGUGACUUUGUCGGAGCUCAAGGGGAAGUCCCAGACGACUACUUUCACGUCAACGCCUCCACGUCUUCCGUGUUGUUACGCAACAAGAUCCUCAAGAAGUGCAGAGAAGACAUCUUCCACUUCCUCAAUCAUGAGAAUGGGCAGAUUGCCAUCUUCGACGCGGUCAACCCAUUGGCAACUGGACGUCGGGCGCUGGCCAAGGAGUUUGAAAAGCACAACGUUCAGACCAUGUUCAUUGAAAGCCACUGCACGGACGAGCGCAUCAUUGAGGAGAAUGUGCGAUCAGUGAAGAUCAGCUCUCCCGACUACAUCGGAUGGAAGCCCGAGGACGCGGUUAAGGACUACCUCCGGCGUAUAAACGCACGCAUUCCGCACUUUGAGUCGGUUGAAGAGACUGACCUGCACUACGUGAAGAUGAUUAACGCGGGGGAGCGUGUAAUCGUCAACAAUUGCGCGUUUGGCUAUCUGUCUCAGCGAAUCGUCUUCUAUUUGCUGAACCUUCACAUCAAGAGUCGGCAAACGUACUUUUGUCGUGCUGGUACAACCAGAGCAGAAGAAAGCUACAAAGGCGAUGCAAGUCUGAGCGCAGAAGGACAAGACUACGCUCGCAAAAUGUCCGAGGCUCUCAUUGCACACCGUGAGUCUGAAAGAGAGAAUCUGGUCAAGCAUGGCGCACCGGAAUCAACCGCGCUGAAGCCAUUGACCGUCUGGACAUCCACACGGAAACGCACCGUUGAGACUGCUUCAUAUUUGGAGAGCAAAGGCUACCGUGUUCGUCAGCGCAGCCAAAUGAGUCAGUUGAACCCCGGCGUGUGUGAGAAGUUGAGCGAGCGGAGAAUUCGCGAAAUCUUCCCCGAGGAAGUGUCGAAGCACGAGCAGGAUCCAUAUCAUCAUCGUUACCCGCGAGCAGAGUCAUACCACGACCUCGCCGUUCGCCUCGAGCCUAUCAUUCUCGAGCUUGAGCGCGAGCAGAAUGAUUUACUCAUCAUCGCUCACGAAUCUGUCCUACGAGUGCUAUACGGAUACCUCAUGGYCUGCUCCGCCCAUGACAUUCCAAGCUUGGAGUUUCCACGUGACGAAAUCAUCGAGAUCAUUCCUGCUUCAUACAACAACAGCGCGAAACGCAUUCACAUUCCCGACCUGCCGCAGUUGAUCGUUCCGAGCAGCCCUCAGGACAUCAGAAUUCCCGUUCCACCUUCUGGGACUGCGUCGCCAUUCAGCGGCUUGGGGACUCCGGCUGGAGCAAGCACGCCGGAGUCCAGGGAAGCUCUGCUUCCUAUUCGCAGUGGAAAUCUCAGUCCGAGACCAUAG